GAUUGAGCACUGACGUCAGCACUGUCUGACUCGAACCGCUCUGGCUCUGCUGCUGUGUGUGCACGAGGACAGAGAAAAAAGGGGUAGGAGCGCGCGAGAGAGAGGAAGAAGAAAAAACGUCCCAGCACGCUGGCAGAACGGGGUCACGAACUAUGACCUUUCACAGAUGAGAAACAUAAACAAAUACUUUUCAUUUAACCGACUUCCAAAUUCUACGUCGUUUAAUCUUACAGAUGUUGCUGGAAUCACUCCACUCACACACAGCUCAUGACUCUACAUCACCAUGACAACCAACAUGGAGGUGCUGGCUCAGCAGAUCGUGGUCGCUGAUCAGAUGACUGAGGUACAGACCUCUCCCUCAGACUCCUCCAUUAUGAGUGGCUCCCCACAACGCAUCCAGAUCAUCUCCACUGACUCUACAGUCAGCACGCCUCAACGCAUACAGAUUGUGACUGAUCAGCAGACAGGCCAGAAGAUCCAGAUAGUGACCACUGUGGACCCUACAUGCAACCCUAAGCAGCAGUUUAUCCUGGCAUCGCCCGAUAGCCAGAACGCCAAGCAGCUCAUCUUCACCACAGCAGACAGCCUGGUGCCUGGCAGAAUACAGAUAGUGGCAGAUGCUGUUUCAGUGGAGAGGUUGCUGGGAAAGGCAGGAGAGAUGGGCCGGGCCCAGCCUGUGGAGUACUGUGUGGUCUGUGGAGACAAGGCCUCAGGGAGGCAUUAUGGGGCCGUCAGCUGUGAGGGCUGUAAGGGUUUCUUUAAGCGGAGUGUCCGUAAGAACCUGACCUACAGUUGCCGCAGCAACCAGGACUGCCUAGUCAACAAGCACCACCGCAACCGCUGCCAAUUUUGCCGUCUGAAGAAGUGCCUGGAGAUGGGCAUGAAGAUGGACUCUGUGCAGAGUGAGAGGAAGCCAAUGGAUCUGCCGAGAGAAAGGCCGGCCAACUGUGCUGCCUCUACAGAGAAGAUCUACAUCCGCAAAGAUCUGCGUAGUCCCCUCAUUGCCACGCCAACCUUCAUCACUGACAAGGACGGCUCACGUUCAGGUCUGCUGGACCCCGGGAUGCUGGUGAACAUCCAGCAGCCUCUCAUUCAGGCGGACGGCACGUUGCUCCUGGCUACCGACACCCAGGCAGAGUCCAAUCAGGGUGACCUGGGAACACUGGCCAAUGUGGUGACAUCACUCGCAAACCUGAACGAAUCACUCAACAAUGGGGACUCUGUCGACUCAUCGCAAGAGGAUCAGUCUGCUAGUGAAAUCACACGUGCCUUUGACACACUUGCUAAAGCUCUCAACCCCGGUGAGGCGGGGAUGGGGCAGAGUCUGGGGGAGGCGGAUUGUGUAGGCGGAGCCACCAUUCAGGUCAUCAGCCGGGACCAGGUGACGCCCAUCAUCGAGGUGGAGGGCCCCCUGCUCACUGACACACAUGUCAGCUUCAAGUUGACGAUGCCCAGUCCAAUGCCAGAGUAUCUGAAUGUCCACUACAUCUGUGAGUCUGCGUCCCGCCUGCUUUUCCUCUCUAUGCACUGGGCACGCUCCAUACCAGCAUUUCUCGCUCUUGGGCAGGAGUGUCACACGGCUCUGGUGCGAGCGUGCUGGAAUGAGAUCUUCACGUUAGGACUGGCGCAGUGCUCGCAGGUCAUGAAUCUCUCCACCAUCCUGGCAGCCAUUGUCAACCACCUGCAGACCAGCAUCCAGGAUGAGAAGCUGUCUGGUGAGCGCAUUAAGCUGGUGAUGGAGCACAUCUGGAAGCUACAGGAGUUCUGCAACAGCAUGGCCAAGCUGGAGACGGAUGGCUAUGAGUAUGCCUACCUCAAAGCCAUAGUGCUCUUCAGCCCAGACCACCCCGGCCUGAAUAACAGCAGCCAGAUAGAGAAGUUUCAGGAGAAAGCUCAGAUGGAGCUGCAGGACUAUGUGCAGAAGACCUACCCAGAGGAUACAUACAGAUUGGCCCGAAUCCUGAUGCGCCUUCCUGCUCUCCGGCUCAUGAGCUCCAGCAUAACAGAGGAGCUCUUCUUCACAGGGCUUAUUGGGAACGUCCCCAUCGACAGCAUUAUCCCCUACAUCCUCAAGAUGGAAACGGCCGACUACAACAGCCAGAUUACAGGCUCCAGCGCGUGACCCUACAUGACAGCCAAGUCAUGCAGGACCUCACUCUUAACUCACUGCCCUCUGACCUUGAAGUGCUUCAGUCCCACAAUCCUUGGUCUCCCUCAUUCCUAACAGUGACCCAUGUUUCACGUACUAUCUGUGGUUUUUUUUGGUGGAUGAAUUUCUUUUUAAUGUAAAUGUGAAAAAAAAAAACAUUCAGAAAUGUAUGGAAAUUAUCCUUAAUCUCAGUAGGCCAUUUUGAAGAAUUUGUUAAAAAGCCCUGAUCGUCAGCUUGAAUGUUCACUCAGAACUUCACGCCUCAUUUCAUGUCCCGGAGUGCCGUGUUCCAUGAGCGGAACAUUCUGCUCUCUCUGGGACUGUCGUGGCUGGAGUCCCUGGCCACAGCUGAGACUAAUGCUAGCUCUUUUUUUCUACGCUUGAUGGGACAAGCACUUACAUCCAGAGCAUUUAUAGAAAGACCUUCAUUGAAGCCUUUUGUUCAUGUUUUUUCCGCACAUAUGCCUUUUUUUUUUUUUUUAACGUCCGAUUUGUUGAGGAUAUCCUCUUGCCUUCUGCUUGCUUUUCUGAGCAAAGUCAGCAGACCGAACUGUGACAUAUAAAGAAUCCCUCUGUCUGGAUAAUCUGAAUCUCACUGAAUGUCCCCACAAGACGUCCUCUUGGAAUUGGUCAGCCAAGAUGAACUGAUCAGCAAAAGAUCAGCAAAGGUCUGUUUGGGUUCCAGAUGCUGGCUCUGCUGAAUGUAAUGUGAGUGGGUCUGUAUGACCUGUUCUGCUGAUGGACAUUUAGCCACGUACAACAGUCAGUUACUUCUCAGAGACUGUCUGAUUCCAUACAGCAACUUUUUUCACACGAUGAAGCCAUUUUAGUCUGUACAAUAACAUUUUUAUCACCAAAAGCCUCUUCGUACUACCACAGAGAAGCUGGUUGCUGGACUAACCCUCUUACUUUCCCUGACAACUAAACAAAAGUUGAAAGCCUCUUCAUGUUGCAGUUAGAUGUUGCUUUCUAAAUGCAUAAUACAGAGACCCAGCACUUGAUCAAAGUGUGUGAUGGUUGGUAACACCAGAGGUGUGAUCAUGUGCCCAGUAUCCCUAACAGCACACUCCUGGUCGGAGCCACCAUAGAAAGACAUAGAAAGCCGGUCAAUGGUUCCAAAAACUGUGGAGGACUUGCUUUUCCUUUUUGAAAAAUGGAUGAGAGUCUAUCUUCUGUAUAACCUCCAUUCUCUGUUGUCAUGACAAUCAUGUAGCCAAUCUUCUGUGAGAUUUCAUUUGUCUCCAGUGGUGUUUGAUGUGCAUUCAUCCUCAGUCUGUGUGUGUGCAUAAGUGUCAGUGAUCAAGAGAGAAAUGUUCUUCUUUUUUUCAUCUCAGAAUCCAUAUGUUGCAGCUCUUCGUUUUUUUUUACAUGCGUUGCCAUCUUUUUCCCCUCAGCCUUCAUCUGUUGUGUGAUUUCCCCCGAGGAGUAACCCUCCUCCUGUUGGGUUUUCGUUACCCCUCUCAUGUGCCAGACCCAAAUGUGUGGCCAUGAGUCAUCACUUAGUCCCUUUUGCAUGUUAGCACAUUUGAUGGGAUUUACUACUGGUAAAGGCAUAUGCAGAGGACGUGUCAGAACUGACGUCUAACGUUGGCUUACUAUGUCCUAACACGGACUGUUGUAGCCCAAUCAAAGUGUACUAUAAGUACAGUUGUGCACUUAUGUUCGAGGUGGACCUGCGAACACAAAACCUGUUUAAUAAUUUAAAGGAGAAGAAAGAUUUAGAAUGGGUAAACUCAAAAUAUUUAUGUUGUGACAUGUAACAACAUGUAUGUCUUAAUUUGAAUAUUAAUUGUACAUUUUAACUGUGUUUUGAACUUAAUCUCUGAGGUUAAAGAACUGUUAAGAAUGUUUAUGAACAGUGUAUGAACAAUGCGCUUUUUAUGUCAUUUCAUAAAUAUGGGUGCAUGCUUUUGUUAAUCUGGAGCUUUUCUACACAACAUUAUCAGGCUGUCAGACAAUGAGCAGUGUUGUUUUUAUUUUGUAAAUAGUGCAUUGCGAUGCAUGGACUAGCUUAUGCAUUUUAUGAAAUGCUGUGAAACGUGGUCUAAAUGUGUGCUCCACUAAGAUCGCCUCUGUAAUUAAAUGAUAUAAAUACA